AUGACCGCUGAGCCGGAUGAACGGACGUUGUAUCGUCUGGAGAUUCUGAAUCGAUUGGCGAAGAAGGAACGACAGCAGAUGGGCGUCAAGUCGAUGUUCAUGAACUAUGCGAUGCUGGACGAUCGGCUGCAGAGGGCUCAACGGUCCCGCUCGGUUUCUGUGAAUGAGGAGCAGUCGAUCGUCAAUGGAAAUGUGAACGGUCGGCUUGCCGUUAUGAGAGAGGAGAUGGCGAAUGUGUACAGGUUGAAGAGCAAGAACGAUCAGGAUCUGAUAGAUGCGAAUCGGAAGUUGGCGGACAGCGAAGCACGCUACAAUCUCGUCGUUUCGCAGAGAGACAAGCUCAGACUGGAGACGGAUAAAUUGAUGGAAAAACUGAGGUUACUGGAGGUUUGAAAUACGCAAAGCGAGCAUAACUGUCCAUUAUUCUCUGUUACAGGUCGAGGCUGCAGAACUGAAAGAGCAAAACUCUUCGAUCAACACGGAACGAAUAGCUCUUCUGGCGGCGUGCAAUUCCCUGACGGAGAAGAAAACUCAGUUAGACAACGAGAGAUUCCAGCUGAUGAACAAGAUCAGAGAACUGCAGGAGAAGUCUGCGGACUAUAUGAACGCAGAGGUGGCAUUGCAAGAACAACGGGCUCAGCUGAUUAUUCAAGAGCAGAUUGCGAAGGCCACUGCAGAGCUGACAUUGACCGACGAACGGGCUUCGUCGGCGUUCGGGAUGUCUCCAGAUGACGAGUUCAUGAUGACUGAUGUUCUUCCGACGGAGAUGAAGUUCAAAAUGACAGCUCACGAAGGAGAGGUCCACGACAUUGAAUGGCUCUGCGACGACACAUUUGCCACUGCUGGAAGCGAUGCAAAAGUACGGAUCUGGAGAGUUUCCCCGAACAAAACAGACGCCACGAAAGUGUCCUCACUUGUCGGAUGUCUUGGCCCGGUGAAUAGACUGGACUAUGACAGUCAAAGGCACGUCUGUCUCGCAUCGAGCAACGAUAAGACGUGCCGGUUAUGGAACAUCGACUCGCAGAGACUUUUGAGCACUUUCUCGGGCCACACAGACAAAGUCACUUCCGCAAGACUGUUCCAAUCUCACAAUGUGAUCUCUGGCUCCGCCGACCGCACCAUCAAGCAGUGGGACAUCAGCAGUCUCCGGUGCAUCAAGUCCUUCUUCGUCGGAUCCACAGUAUAUGAUGUCGUUUCCAAGUGCGGAAAUUCUCAGUCUUCCUUCGUUUCUUCUCAUUUCGACAAAAAGGUAAUAUCAACAACUGAUUGCUUAAUGUGGUACUUAUAUCAUUAUCUUUUCAGGUCCGUUUCUGGGACUGUCGGUCUGCGGAUCCUUCGCACCUUGUGGAACUCGGGCACCGUGUCAGUUCACUCGAUGUUUCCCUCGACGGCCUCCAGAUUCUCGCGUCUUCCCGAGAUGACACUCUCUCGCUCAUCGACGCCCGUAACUACGGAAUUUUGCAUUUGUACUCGGCGGAGCAGUACAAAACAAGUUGUGACAACACGAGAGCGAUCUUCUCGUCGACGGGGGAGUACGUGCUCGCUGGAUCGUCGAACUCGUGCGUGUACAUUUGGAAUACAAAAACGACCAAGUUGGAGAAGAUUGUCAAAUCGGUCAGAGCAGAGUGAGUGCACUUUAUGAACGAUGUGAAUUUCUGAUGCUCACUUAAGCUUCUCAAGAUCGCUAUUUAUUUCUGUUUUCAGUGCCAACCAAAUCCUCUCAUUGUCAUGGAAUCCGUCCGGACGCGGAUUGCUCGCCUGCGAUCGUCAGAAGACGUGCACCCUGUGGAGAUGA